AUGAAUAGUAGCCCCAGUGAUAUGGAAGAUGACUCUGCCUUAGACCUAAAGCACAACAGGUCUUCCAAAAAAGGAACAUCCAAAACACUCCAGGAUGGGAAGCAAAGAAAGCUGAAAGAGAAAAAAAAGAUUAAAGAGGAGCUAUAUGAUCCAAGUGAUGGCAAGUCAUUAGACCCAUUUUGGAAUGCGGCUCAAUGGAUUCCUCGAGAUAUUGACCUAUACUGCAACAUCACAUCAGACUUUCGUAUUGCCAUGAUCCUCAAGAGCAUAGACAAAGAGGAUCAGCAAAGGUCCGAGGAUGACAAACAACGUGCUGUUUCAAACUUCGACAAGAUUGUUGACUUUGUGCCAGAGUUCAAAAAAAUGCUGCAUAGGAAAAACAAGGAUAAACUUGAUUUUAUUCUUAAAAAGAUGUAUACAAUCAUGAGGAGUACACGUGCAGAUGACAGCAGUCGCCUCAGAAAAGAUAUACCAAAAUAUGUGCCACCAGACCCAUCCACUAUGAGUCUCAACCCGCCAAUUCUGACUGGAAGCAAAGAAGAUCGUAGUGGGCUCGGAUUUGCCCACCCACAGCUUGCGUUGUUGCUUUGUCUUAUUAUGGCAACCAAGAUGAGUAAGUAUUUCACGCUUGAUUUGGCUCUAUUUUUCAUGGUAUUUUUUAGAACACGCAUCAAACUGCUUGAUGGACGCAUCAGAGUUACAGCCAGCAAGCUCCCCGCAUUCAUGUAUAUAGGGUUUGAACCCGCUGAACAGUACAACCCAAAUGCUAUUCAUGAAGGGUUGCUUAAAGGCUAUUAUGUUCCGCGAGCAUAUCUUUACAGGGCCUGGGACGGCACUCAAGGAUUAAACCUCCAAGACAAGACAAUCUCUUAUGCAAUCAUACAAGGUCGGCAUGCAUUAACAAGUCGGGAAUCAUGGCUUUCUGAUGGCAUGGACAAGCAUUUCAACUACAAGGACUUCUACGACCAAAUUAAUACAUUGUUAGAGGACCCGACUGAUCCAUGGGCUAAGGAUGUAUUGACAUUCUUUGAUCUGAAUGUUUUCGGCUACUCAAACACUGGAAUCAACGACAACCAGUCAGAAAGUGAUGAUGACAUUGCUCAAUUCAUGACCCAAAGGGCUGCCCGAAGGACUGCCAACUCUAACAUAGCCAUGGUUGCCAAUCCUGCACAGCCUGCUGGAGAGCUCGAAGCUACACCAUCAAUAUAG